GUACUCCUACACGCCGAACUCUUCCUUCCGCCCUGCUGCUCCAGCUCGAGUAAUCCAUGGCUCUCGUCCUCCCUCUUCGUCCGCUCUUUCGGUCCAAAGACGUCUCCGUCUCCGUCUCCGCCGCCUUCUCCUCGCCAUCCAAACCCGGCUACUCUCGAGCCCAAUCGAAGAAAGGCAGCGGUUUGGUUCUCGUCUCUUCGGGUACGCCCUCUCCGACGAUGGUUUCCAACGGAUACCUCGCCGGGCGCGCCGUCAAGUCCGAAGCAAGGAGCUACCGGAGAUUGGGUUCUUGCCUCGUCAUCCCGCCCCCCGCCGGCCGGAAGCCGAGGGCCGUGGUCAAGUUCUUGGGCGGCGCCUUCGUCGGGGCCGUUCCCGAGGUCACCUACAGCUUCCUGAUGGAGUGGCUAGCGAAGGAAGGGUUCCUUGUGGUCUCCGUGCCUUAUAACGUCACUUUUGAUCACGAGAAGGCGGCCAAGGAGGUAUACGAGAGGUUUCAUUGUUGUAUGGAUUCACUCUUCGCCUCUGGAAUUCCUGAUGCUGGUAUUGCGGCUUUGGAUGUUUCUUCCCUUCCGCUAUAUUCUGUAGGUCAUAGCAACGGUGCGCUACUUCAGAUGCUUAUAGGAAGCUACUUUGAUGAAAAGAUUGCAAAGGCUAAUGUUGUUAUCUCGUUCAACAACAGACCAGCAGCAGAGGCUGUUCCUUACUUUGAGCAGUUUGGUCCAAUGGUUAGCCAAGUAAUACCUAUCAUUGAAGAAUCCCCUGUGUACUCCAUGGCUAGAAAUGCCUCAGGAGAUGCAUGGAAGUAUCUAUUGGAUACUGCUGGAUUGUUGAUCCAAGAUUAUGACCAAGAAGCUGUGGUAUCUUUGACCAAGUUUAUUGAUCAGCUACCAUCAGUCAUAAAUCAGGUAACACAAGGUACAUCAGAGUUCAAGCCAACACCUCCAGAAAACCGAGAAUUUUUCAAGAAAUCCUAUAGUGUCCCUCAUACCCUCUUGGUGAAAUUCAGCGUAGAUGCCAUUGAUGAGACUGACCUCCUUGAGGACAUAUUGAAACCCCGUGUUGAAUCCAUAGGAGGCAUGGUAGAAAAGAUUACAUUGUCAGGGAACCAUCUCACCCCAUGUCUACAGGAUCUGAAAUGGCAGGUGGGCUAUCAAUAUACUCCAGCGGAUGCACUUGCACAAGCUCUAAAAUCAUUGUCUCUCAAUGAAACCAGAGUGCUUGCUAGGACAGUCACUAACUGGCUCAAAGACCUCAACCACAAGUAACAUCAAGAUGAAUCUCCCACAUUAUUGAGUUGAGUGAUGGCUUCAAGUCUGGGGGACCUUGUGAUAACAAAAGAGACCCUUCAGGUAUUGCAAUGAUAGUAGCAAUGCUCCACAAGACACCAGGAUAGGAAGGAAGAGCAUCAUACCUCAUGUGACAUACUGUACUGCACUUAACAUUGGUAGAUUGUAGAAUGCUAUGUACUUGUAUCAGAUACCAGCAAAAUAAUUGCUCAGAAAAAUUACGAUUGUUGAUUAAGCUGGCUCAUUACAUGAUAUUGUCAUCAGUGAGGGUCAAUAUACACAAUAGUUUUUCCUACAAUCAAAGAAAAUUGACUCA